AGCCAAACUAUCUUCAUCAAAGAGAAAAAAGACUCCGUCCUGCCACAGAAUAUGCACUGGCAAAAAUCUUCUUCUCCAGAACAACAGCCGCAGCCUCGCCCCUAUCAAGGAGUCCGUGUCAAAGAGCCGGUGAAGGAGCUAUUGAAGAGGAAACGGGGAAAUAUUCAUAAUGCCAAUGCAACGGCUGCUACAACGGUUGUCUUACCCCAUCAGCCGCUUCCUUCGUAUUCACCAAUGGGCCAGCCUUGCAUUGAUAUGGAUGUUGCUGCCUCUACAUUGCCCAUCACAGAUGAUGGAGCGCUCUGUUCUGGUUGGCUCCCCCAGCCCUCUUCCACAUCCUUACAGCCUUUAACUCAGUGGACCACUUACCCCGAUUAUAUGUCCCAUGAAGCAGUCAGCUGUCCAUACACAGCAGAUAUGUAUGUUCAGCCUAUGUGUCCUAGCUACACUCUUGUUGGACCUUCAUCUGUUCUGACUUACGCUUCUCAACCGCUGAUCACCAAUUUUGCACCCAGAAGCACCACCCCAGCAGUCGUGCCUCAGAUCGAGGUGUCGGAGCAGCAGGCACCCCUCACGUAUUUCCCAUGGGCACAGCCCCUCUCUGCGCUGCCAGCCUCCACCUUGCAGUACCAGCCGGCUUCCUCCACGCUUCCCGGGCCACAGUUUGUGCCUCUGCCCAUCUCCAUUCCCGAGCCGGCCCCCCAGGAGCUGGAGGAUGCUAGGCGAGUCAUCGGCACGCUGCCCAUCGAGAAGCUGCUUCUGGAAGACGAAGACAAUGAUACGUAUGUUUUAAAUCAUGCUCUCUCUGUUGAAGGGCUUUGAGUUGCACAUCUUGG